UUUGUGCGGUGUCGGAAAACUCCGUCACAAUUCGUCGAUUACGUCGCGAUCAUGAACUGUGAUUGUAUCGCGCCGUUACGUCAUUUGGCGCAAGACGCGAAUGACAACAAAUCGUUCGCGCGAAGAAAGAACGAGCUAUAUCAACAAAGCGUGUAGAUAAUCGAAUCGUGUCAACGAUUGCGACGAUUUUAAAAGUUUAGCUUUGUUAGGCAUCUCAAGGCCGCCCCUUGGCUAGAUCUUUUUCGGUGCACAUGGCGAAUGCGCGAGCAAGAGCGUAAUAAUUGGUCUGUGAUAUAACGACUAUUAAUACCCCAUCCGCGAUGUGCAUACUUGUCUCGAUGAUGUGUACAAGCAUGACUUGAUACAAAUUUAGCUGGAUUUGGGGAUGGUUUAGCUGGUCUGGAUCUUCUUCGACUAUGUUACGUGCUGCUGAGAAGAAGAUUCUGUCAUGCUUGAAAACGGCAUAUCGAGGAUGGUUCGUUGAUAUUGGACCAGUUGUAGGACCGGCGGAUAAAAUAUGGACCAUUUCGUUGAACGAAGAAUCGCCAAAGAUCCCAAUUGUUUUACUACACGGUUUAGGAGCUGGAGUAGCAUUAUGGUGCUUGAAUUUGGAUGCACUUGCAUCCCAAAGACCAGUGUACGCCAUAGAUAUAUUAGGAUUUGGCAGAAGUAGUAGACCUGUUUUUAGUAAUGAAGCGCAAAAAGCUGAGGAGCAGUUAGUACGUUCUGUGGAAGAAUGGAGAAGAGAAAUGCAGCUAGAGAAUUUUGUAUUGUUAGGUCACUCCAUGGGUGGCUUUCUUGCAGCAUCUUACGCUAUGCAAUAUCCUGAAAGAGUGAAACAUCUUAUAUUGGCUGAUCCAUGGGGCUUUCCUGAGAAACCCUCAGAUACUGUUGCCAAGACACACAUACCAUUCUGGGUUAAAGCCAUAGCGUUUGCUGUACAGCCUUUGAAUCCUCUGUGGGCAGUUAGAGUUGCCGGACCAUUUGGACAGUGGCUCAUUGAAAAGACAAGACCUGACAUUGUGAAAAAGUUUACUCCCGUACUGAAGGAUGACACUGCUGUAAUUUCGCAAUAUAUACAUCAAUGCAAUGCGCAGACACCUUCAGGCGAGAGUGCGUUUCAUGCGAUGAUGCAUGGUUUCGGAUGGGCAAAAAAUCCAAUUGUUAAACGAAUGGAUCAGUUAAACGAUAAUAUACCUAUAUCAUUACUUUAUGGCAGUAGAUCAUGGGUUGACAAUUCAGCUGGUGAAACAAUUAAACAAUACCGGUCUUCCUCAUAUGUUAAUGUUCAAGUAAUUACUGGAGCUGGUCAUCAUGUCUAUGCAGACAAAAGUGAAACCUUCAACAAAUAUGUAUUGGAAGCAUGUGCCUUAACUGACUCGAUACCUCAAUUAACAUCGUCAAAUGUACGUCCCUAUAAACCUAUAAGUGAUCAAGAGAUACACAUAAAUUUACCCAAAGAAGCACUUGAUGAACAAAGAUCAGAGGAAAAAAACCUGAAUACAGAAUCAAAGAUUUAAUCAAAGUCUAGUGUAAAAUAUUCUCAUUAAAAAGGACAUUCCAGUUUCAUUAGCUGGUACAAAAAAUAUAGUAAGUACAUAUUGUGAUGUAAGAAUGCUGUGAGAUAUACGAAUUGGACAUACGAAUGUAUAUUUGUGUCGUGACACAUGAACUUUACGUAAUUUAUAAAUAUAAUAACGUAAAAGAGCGUGUAAAUUGACAGACAUUGGUCACGUGUUAAUGGAUUGACUGUAGAUACUAAAAGAUAUCACGAAAUCAUUAAUAUAAUACUUUAUUUUCAAUUUUGGAAAUUAUGACGAUGUAUUACUGCGCGGAAAAUAUUAGAGGAAUAGCAUGAUUUUGUCGUAAAUAAGAUUUAUUAUUUUUAUUUAUCGAUUAGAUAUGCAAUUAGUUAAGUUAUUAUAUAGCGUGCUAUAAGAAAUUUACACCAGUCAAAAAGGAUCAAAAGUAUGGGGUGUAACUACAUAGUGGAAGUUUGUACAUUAUGUACAGUCUUAGCUUUACUAACACAGGCCAUAGUAGUGUCUAGUGAAGAGUGAGCAUUCUUGUUAUUGUUAUUAAUUGUAUUAUUUCACAGCUGUAGCAAGAUUUUAUGUAUAUUGUACAAUACGAUUUAUUAAUAAUAAAUUAUUUAUUGUACACACAUGUACAGAAAGUCAAGCGUUAGUAUUAUAUUUAUAUUGAAUAAAAAUUAUUCUGAAA